AUGCCACGUCAAAUCACUGACAUCAAGGAGUUCCUCCUGACCGCCCGCAGAAAGGAUGCCAAGUCCGUCAAGAUCAAGAAGAACGCCGAGAAUGUCAAGUUCAAGAUCAGAUGCAGCAAAUACUUGUACACCCUUGUUGUUGGAGUAAGUUUUUCUCUUUUUUGUUGAUAUUCAGAUGCCUUUUUGCAUGGUUUUGAUGUAACAAGGCUUGUUUGCUCAGAAAAAAUGUGAAGAUUUUUUGUGUUAAUUCUGGGUUAAUGGUUAGUGCAGAAAAUCGCCUGGUGAUGACGAUUUCACGCUUUUUGCUUUGAAAAGAGCAUUAUUGUGGCCUCAAAACUGCCGAUAUCUUUUUUCAUUGUGUUGUCCUGCUAAAUUGCUGGUUUUGGACUACGUGCUGUUUUGAAUUAUCCCUUAUAAAAUUUCGAAGCUUUCUUUUGUCACUUUUCCUCAUCCACUUUACGACGGCUCUGAUUGCUUUUUUUUAUUUCCUUGCACGUUUAUAAUUGUCGAAUUAUUUUAGGACGUGACCAAAGCCGAAAAGCUGAAGCAAUCUCUCCCACCAGGACUCCAAGUCAAAGAGCUCAAAUAA